AUGUUCGAGGCACGACUGGAGAGGAAAGAACGCGUAAAGCCACAAAGCUUGGGGAUCACUUCAGAUGUGAAAAAUGAGGAUAUGCUUCUUGAUGCUGCGGGAUUGUUUCCUAUUAAGGAACCCUUCUUCGUCACCGCCAAAUUCUGGAAACGUUUUUCCGUCUACGCCUCCGUCAUCCUCUCUAUCGCCUCUCUCGUCAUAUCCUCCAUCGCAUCCUUAAAGCCCAGUUCCGCUGCCGAUAUGAAAGUAACCAGCAUAAUCAUCAACGCACUCUCUGUUACGCUGUCCGCGCUCACCUCUCUAGAUUGGCAAAGCCAGGCGACGACGGAUCGGAAAUUCGCGCAGAUGUUGAGUCAGAUUAGUCAUGUGCAUGAGGGGAAGGAGGGAGGGAGGAUUGUGGUUCUGGGACGGGGGAGGGAGGAGGAGGAGAGGUUGAUGGGGGAGAGAGGGGGGAUGGGGAUAGGGAAGGCGUUUUGA